CCGUCCGCGUUAGCUUGGCGGCCGCGGGGUCGCAGGCCGGUCCGGGGAGGCGGCGAGGGCGGCGCCCAGGCGCCCGCCGCCCGGCAGUCAGGAUGAGCAUCGAGAUCCCCGCGGGACUGACGGAGCUGCUGCAGGGCUUCACGGUGGAGGUGCUGAGGCACCAGCCCGCGGACCUGCUGGAGUUCGCGCUGCAGCACUUCACGCGCCUGCAGCAGGAGAACGAGCGCAAAGGCGCCGCGCGCUUCGGCCAUGAGGGCAGGACCUGGGGGGACGCGGGCGCCGCCGGGGGCGGCACCCCCAGCAAGGGAGUCAACUUCGCCGAGGAGCCCAUGCACACCGACUCCGAGAACGGGGAGGAGGAGGAGGAGGAGGAGGCCGCGGACACCGGGGCGUUCAACGCUCCAGUAAUAAACCGAUUCACAAGGCGCGCCUCAGUAUGUGCCGAAGCUUAUAAUCCUGAUGAAGAAGAAGAUGAUGCAGAGUCCAGGAUUAUACAUCCCAAAACGGAUGAUCAAAGAAAUCGGUUACAAGAGGCUUGCAAAGACAUCCUGCUGUUUAAGAACCUGGAUCCGGAGCAGAUGUCUCAAGUGUUAGAUGCCAUGUUUGAAAAAUUGGUCAAAGAAGGGGAGCAUGUAAUCGAUCAAGGCGAUGAUGGUGACAACUUUUACGUAAUUGAUCGAGGAACGUUUGAUAUUUAUGUGAAAUGCGACGGUGUCGGAAGGUGUGUUGGUAACUACGACAAUCGUGGGAGUUUCGGUGAACUGGCCUUAAUGUACAACACGCCCCGAGCAGCCACGAUCACCGCUACCUCUCCGGGUGCUCUGUGGGGUUUGGACAGGGUAACCUUCAGGAGAAUAAUUGUAAAAAAUAAUGCCAAAAAGAGAAAAAUGUAUGAAAGCUUUAUUGAGUCACUGCCAUUUCUUAAAUCUUUGGAAGUUUCUGAACGCCUGAAAGUGGUCGAUGUCAUAGGCACCAAAGUAUACAACGAUGGAGAACAAAUCAUUGCUCAGGGAGAUUCGGCAGAUUCUUUUUUCAUUGUAGAAUCCGGUGAAGUGAAAAUCACCAUGAAAAGGAAGGGCAAAUCCGAGGUGGAGGAGAAUGGUGCAGUAGAGAUCGCUCGGUGUUCCCGGGGACAGUACUUUGGAGAACUUGCCCUGGUCACUAACAAGCCCCGAGCGGCUUCCGCGCAUGCCAUCGGAACUGUCAAAUGUUUAGCCAUGGAUGUGCAAGCAUUUGAAAGGCUUUUGGGACCUUGCAUGGAAAUUAUGAAAAGGAACAUUGCCACCUAUGAAGAACAAUUAGUUGCCCUGUUUGGAACUAACAUGGAUAUUGUUGAACCCACUGCAUGAAGCAAAAAUUUUAAAAGCCAUGUCUGUUAGACAAAAAAAUGCAAAGGACCUGCCCAAAUUCCUGGUUCAUCAUCCUGUAUUCUUUAUCCACUUUGUCAAGAUACUUUGUUGCAUAAGCUGAUUGUUAACUGUUCAUGGAAUAGCAAACAAAUGCCUGUUUAAUAAAGAAUUCUGACCAAGGCUGUAAAUGCCAGUUACAUUAUUUUCAGUAUUGUUGGUUAUAUUUAAAUUUACCUUAUAAUAAAGCACACUUUUAUAAUAAAAUGUUUUUAAUGAA